AUGGGCAAGGCAGGCUUCGUUUCGCACCAGUGGGUUUCCGAUGGCCACCCCGAUCCCGAGAUGCAGCAGAUGAAGGUCUUGCAAGAGACGGUGCGCCACCUGACGCAAGAUGAGGGCACUGUGCCUCUCGACAUCAUCACUGAGUUAUCUGUGCGUUUUGCGACGCCCCUGGAUCUGAAGUCCUUCCAAGUGGAGCCCUUCUUCCUGUGGUACGACUACUUCUCGGUCCCGCAACUAGGGCCCGUGGGCCGGGCCGAAGCCAUCAUGAGCAUCCCCGCCUACGUGGUCAAGUGCUCAUUCUUUUUCGCGCUUGUCCCCUUUCUUGCGGACGCUGGGCUAUCCGCAACGAGCUGGUCACGUCGGGGGUGGUGCCGUAUGGAAAGGGUAGUGCAAGAGAUCUCUUCGGACCACACCUGGAUCUUGGUGAAGUGUCGGGCCUCAAUGGAAGUGGCUGGUACAGUCCAAUCCUUCUUGACUGGGCCGGUCGGCGAAGGGGAGUUUACUUUUCCAGAGGACCGCGACAAGCUGGGCCCUGUGCUGAAAGGUGUGGUGACUCGCAAGUUGUGGUCGUGUCUCAGAGCACGCGACUUCCCCGGCUACCGGCGACACCUCGGCCUGCAGGCGGUCUACUUUCGCGGUUUGCCCGUGGAUCCGGAGGAAGGCCUGGUACCUGGAUUUCAUGCGAGUCUGGCUCCCAGCGCCUCGGAUCUUCCGGCUGCGAAGUUCCUGUACCAGAACGGGCUGCGCUCCGCUCACGGCCGCGACAGCGCCGGGUGGCGGCCGCUGCAUUACGCCGCCCUGGGUGCCUUAAGGACGAAAUUGAGCUCUGAAGGGGUUUAUGGUUCAUGUCCCUAG